UAUGAGUGUGUUUGUGUACAUGCUUGUCUUUGUGGGACUAAACCACAAACCUAUCAUCCCUGUCUAAACAAUUAUAACUUUACAUGUUGUUAUGUACCCGUGAUCAACAGCUGGUUGGUUGUCAAUCACAUCAGAAAGCACUGAUGGCCCAAUCAGGUUUAUCUUCUCGGGGUGCAGCCAUGCCUGAGAUCUAAGUCUGAAGAAUCUGGUCUCGCUUGCUCAACCUGUUACUGAAGGACGGGUUAAAGACAAAUGAUAUAGAAAGAGACUGAGGACUCUGAAAGACAGAUCCAGGAAGACAAGAGGGAGAGAAAGACACCUUAAAGAUGUCUGACUGAGGAAAAUGGACUCAGUUAAAUCCAGUAAUCCAUCAAAAGGACCGGAACUGAGCAAUAUCAUGGCCCCAGAGGAAACUGCCCUCGGUGACAAGAGUGACAGACAGCGGGAGGAAAUGAAAGAGGCAGACACAGACUCUCCUGAUGGAUUUGUUGCAGUACCAUCAGUCGGUCAGCGGAGGGCACGAGAGAAACACAGAUACAACACCGUAGGCUACCAGAAAAAGAAGCAGAGGACAGCUGUGGACUUUUCUACAGUGAGCAAGGGAACAUCUGCCGGGGUGAAGAGCAGAGUUGCAUUAAAGCAGGCACUUUUUAGCCAGGGAGUGUCUGACAAAAAUGGCACAUUUGAGGAACGAUCGGGUGCUGUCCAGGGGCAGGUGGACGCACUGAAACAGGUUCUGGACUCUUUCAACAUACCUGCGGACCUGAAGUGGACAUGGGGGGAGGGAGGUACUGAAAGAACACUGGAAAAGAGCUGGACAGACAUAGUGCACUCUCAUGAGUCUAUGUCAAAAACCCAGCGACACCAGCAGGAGGCGCUGUGGGAGCUUCUGAAUACUGAGCUUAGCUACAUCAACAAACUCACUAUUGCCAAAGAACUCGUGAUGGCAGCACUGUCACACUGUCACAGAUAUGGAUUUCUUCAAGAAGUCAGCCCCACAAUGCUCUUUUCCAAUCUUCCUUCUAUCCUUGAUGCACAUCGACUUUUUUGGCAUGAAGUGAUAUAUCCAAUGUUACAAGAGGUCCGUCUCACUGGAAGCCCUUUUGACCCUCUCAGACUUGAGGCAGGAUGUUUGCAGUUUCCUGACCAUUUUCCUGCAUACUUUGAAUACUGUUUGGAAGAGGAGAGAAAUGUGGAGUUUACUCGGAGACAGCUUAACACAAACCCACAAUUUCACACUUAUCUUACGUGGGUGGAGAAUCAUCCACAGUGUGGGCGAAUGAGACUGGGCGAUAUGCAGGCCAAACCACACCAGAGAAUCACCAAGUACCCUCUUUUGCUGAAAGCUGUUCAGAAGACCACAGAAGACCUCCCCACCAAAAACGCACUUGAAAGAAUGUUGAACAGUGUCAAUAAUUUUCUGGAAUCUAUCAAUAACUAUAUGCAACUGAGAGAUGAUACUCUGGCCCUUUCUGUCGCUGCUCAAAGGAUAGAGGGAUACAAGAUAGAAGGUCUGAGUGAAGAAAUAGACAAGCACGUUCGUGAGUUCUGCUGCUUUAAUUUGAUGAGCCCGGUGAGGGGGGUGGGACCAAACGUCAUACGGAAGCAACUAAUGGAAGAAACUUUGAAGGUCAAAGUAAGAAAGGACACCAAGGAGCUGGUGGUCCUUCUCUUCACUGAUGUGUUGCUGAUGACCAAAAUGCAGAAGAAAUCCGACAAGCUGAAGGUAGUGCGCCCUCCUCUGCCUCUGGAGAGAAUAUACUGCAUUGAGCUCAAAGAUGGAUAUUCGUUUGUGCUGGUGGAGGUUGGUGAUCUAGGUUGUGCUGUCAGUGUGAACUUCCUGUCCACACCCAGUCCAGACAGCUGCGCGUCAUGGGUGUCUGCUCUGCGUGAGACUCAGGCGGCCUUAGAGACUUUGAGGGAAAAUGAGACAAACAAAACACUGAAGACAACAAGUGCGACAGAGUUUGGUGAAUCAGAAAGACCUCCCAUUCAGGACAAACUGUCUGUAAAAGUCACAGAGGAUCCUGAUGGCCAAUCAGUAUCUGAUAGAUCUGAUAGUGAUAUUGAGGCAGCUGAGUUGGUGAGGCUAUUUCCUUUCCCUAGGCGCAAGUCUGAGACAGAACUGUUGAUGGAUGUAGAGCAAAGUAAAGUUCAGCAGCUGGCAGAGGAUAGGAACUCUCCACUGAUUGGUCAGCGGAACGAUUCGAGCCAAUCAGCUCAUGAAGAAGUUGCGGCAAAGACUGAUUCAGCUGGAUUAAAAACUGAAGAAGGGAGAAACAGGAAUUAUAGUCAGCAGUUGAAAGAGGAUUUAUUUGACAAUCAUGUCCUAGAGGGCAUCAGUGUGGACUGGCCAGGCUGGUGUUUUGAUGAUGAGGAGGUUUUUGACUUUGAGAACUUUGACGAUGAAGAUUGGCUUGACAAGAAGCUGACCACAAAAGAGCUCCGGAGGUCAGAGGCGAAACCAUCAGAGAGGCAAGAUGAAAUAGAAUGUAGUGAGGUGUAG